AUGACCACUAGUCAUCAAAAGAAUAGUGAUAAAAACAGCAAACUAGCUGAAUUGGAAGUUAUCUCUGGAUCUUCUGCUAUAUUGCACUUUGCUGGUCGUCAUCUGCCGGCUGCUAUUGGUAGAAGUGGUGUGCAUGCAGAUAAACGUGAAGGUGAUGGAAAUACUCCAUCAGGUUUUCUACCUUUACGACGCGUAUUAUAUCGUUCUGAUCGUCUUGAUCCACCUAAUACUUUCCUUAAAUGUGAACCACUUACUGAAAAUGAUGGUUGGUGUGAUGAUGCCACACACCCAGACUACAACCAUCAAAUUCGUCUGCCACAUCCUGCUAGUCAUGAAAGAUUAUGGUUAGAAAAUCGAUUGUAUGAUAUAAUUGGUAUACUCGGUUAUAACGAUGAUCCAAUAAUACCUGGUCGAGGUUCAGCUAUUUUUCUUCACGUAGCACGUCCAGAUAUGGGACCGACUGACGGUUGUAUUGCUCUGUCUUUGGACGAUCUUUGUUGGGUGCUCGAACAAGGCCUUGAAGCUAUUUUCGUUCCAAACUAA